AUGUUCCGCGGACACCGCGCUUGGUUCUCGCAGAGCGUCAGCCCGGGCCCGCGGGGGCUCUGGGCCGAUGGCGGCGGGACCAUUGCCCACUGGCUGGAUGCUGACUACCUGUUCAGCAGCGAUGCUGCCCACCCCGACACCCGCAGCAUACACGAGAGCCUCAGUUACCUGGAGGGCAAAGCCACAGUCUUUCACUCCCGUUACCUCUCAGUGUGUGCGAGCACCGGAGCUGCAGAGAGGCCCUCGGUGGUUCUGGGCCACUUCAUCCUGCCCCCUGCCUGCCUGCAUGAAGAAAUCAGAAGGAAAAUUGGCCGGUUUAUUUGGGAGAAGGCAGAUGCCCCUGAAGAACAGCCCAAGGAAAAUCCAACAGAGGAACCAGAAGCAGCAAGAAAUAGCUGUGAAGAAGAAUCAGAGGAGGAAGUGCUAGACCUGGCUGAGAGCACUGAAGAAACAGAGUCUGAAGCACCCACCCAGGGAGAAUUUCCAUGCCGUGCCCUCCAGGAAUACCCAAUAAAUAACAUGGUGACAGGCUAUGCCUCUGCACGGGACAUGAAGAAAUAUGAGGGGGAACUCCACGACUUCAUCCCUGGCACCUCAGGCUAUGCAGUGUACUGGGUUCAAAGCAAAUGCAGCAUUUACUGUGAGAAGGCCAAAAUGAAGAGGAAAUGGUAA